CACGGUGCCGUUUUUUCACACAGUCAAAACCCUUCUGUCUGAAGGAGCACUAGUGUUGGGUGUUAAAAGGUUACAAAGCUGGGAAAAAAUGAAAUUUGGGAAGUCUGCAGUUACUCAUUUCACUAUCCUAAUACUGGGCGUACUUCAAGCUUCCUUUCCAUGUGAUGCGGGUAAUGUAAAGAUCGGCGUCCCAGAGAACUAUGAUGGCAUUUUCCCGUGGUACCUUGCCAAGCUCCAUGACUUGCCCACGACCUACACGGACCUGGUGUUGACGGGGGAUGAUGAGGGCACGUUUGGGGUGGAAGGGGGCAUGCUUUAUGCCCUCAAACCACUGGACAGAGAGAAGCAGCCAUCUUAUUCCCUACAGGUGUCCUUCACCACAGCAGUGCGCACGCAGAGCUUUACAGUGGAGGUGUGUGUCAUUGACAAGAACGACAACGUGCCUCAGUUUAUCGAAGAGAGCAUGCGGGGGAGUGUGCAGCUGGGUCUUCUGAAAGGCAUUCCCUUCAUGCAGGUGGAGGCCUCUGACCGUGACGAGCGCAACACUGCCCACGCUGAGCUGCGCUUCAGUCUGAUGGACCAGACGCCCCGCAUCCCCACCAGCCAGAUGUUCCACAUCGACGCCGAUAGCGGAGAAGUGUCCCUUACUGAGGACGGCGCCUCCACCUUGGACCCUGAGAUGUGUGGGCGUUACAAACUCUCAGUGAUGGUCAGGGACAUGGCAGGGAAAGCCAACGCCUUCUUUUCCACUGGGAUUGUCAUUGUGGAAGUUACUGGAAACACCUGGGCCUCACCGGAUCCUGUGAGACUACAAGAGAAUCUCCCAGGCCCCUACCCCAUACCCAUCUCACAGGUGAAGUGGAGUGGGAGCCUGGUGGAGUAUAGUCUGGAGGGGGAGUUCCCAGAGAUGCUCUUCACCAUCAGCAGAGAUGGAGUCAUCUACCUUAACGCCCCCCUUGACCGAGAGACCCAGGACCAGUUCCAGAUCAGUAUUGUAGUGGAGCGUCCUGACGGGAGGGAGAUAGCCAAACCUGUGGAGCUGCGGGUGAUGGUGGGUGACGCCAAUGACAACCGGCCCACCUUCCCUCAGACUCAGUACCACGCCGUCGUCAAGGAGCUGGCAGUGAAAGGUACCGAAAUCCUCACCGUCCAGGCAGCAGACAACGACGACCCCAAGACUGAUAACGUCCGGAUCUUCUAUCGGUUGGUGGGACAGGUUCCAGAGGGCCCGUGGGCGCUGUUCAGAGUGGACAGAGACUCCGGGGUCAUAACCCUGCAGGCCGACAGCAUGGAGGGCACCUCCCCACAGUACACCCUCACCAUCACCGCAGAGGAUGCUAAGGGAUUGAACAGCUCGUGCACAGUUGUGAUCACUGUGCAGGAUGAAAACAACAACCCACCAGUCUUCUCCCAGCAUGAGUACGGGCCCUACUACUUGGCUGAGGAUGCUGUGGUGGGCAGCACGGUGACGACGGCCUGUGCGUGGGACGCUGAUGAGCGCGGUGGUGACAGCUGGCUGGUGAAUUACCGGCUGGAGUCGGGGAACGAGGAGGAGGUCUUCACGCUGGUGACGGACAGGCAGACAAACGAAGUGUCGCUGGUGCUGGAUAAGGUUCUGGACUUCGAGCGGGAGAGUGAGUACAUCCUGGUGGUCAGUGCCCAGAACCCUGUGGGUCUGGUCCGUGGUCGCUAUGGCCCAGCGUCCACAGCAACCGUCUCCAUCUUCGUGGAUGACAUCAAUGAGGGUCCGGUGCUGUCUCAAAGUCAUUAUGAGGUCACUGUCAGGGAAGGGGAGGAGCCGGGCAGGGUCAUCGCUACAAUUAGGGGUUAUGACCCCGACUCUCAUCCAAUCAGGUACUCCCUGAGAGGGGACACUAAGCGCUACUUUUCCAUCGGGAAAUACUCCGGUGAGCUGAAGACAGUACAGGCCUUGGACCGAGAGGAGAACAGCACCUACACCAUGGAGGUGGUGGCAGAAGACGGAAGGAACUCCUCCUUGUCUGCGUCCACCCUGGUGACAGUGCACAUUCUGGACGUGAACGACAACAGCCCGGUGCUGGUGGGUGACUACUCGUGGAAGUACCCUGCGCCGAUUGGGGCCUUAGGCAGGCUGGUGCUGGCCUCGCGCGACAGCGACGGACCUCAACACGGCGGCCGGCUCAACUCUUCACAGGCCUGUGGCGCCAGAACUGGAAGCUCCAUGCCCCAUCAGCGGUGGGAGAUAUGUGUCGUAAAUGAUACACAUACUAACCUGUCCCUGAACACACCAUAUCUGCCUCCUGAAGUGUACACUGUGCCUUUCACCAUCUCGGACAGCAGUUCCCCACCACGCAGCACCUUCAUCAACUUGCCAGUGACGGUGUGCACGUGUAAUGUGCGGGGAAACUGUCGCAUGGCUGCCAAGCAGCUGCAAGGCAUGCCCACCCUCCAGUCCACUGUGGGGAUCCUGGGUGGCACGUUUGGAGUCAUCGGGAUCAUACUAAUCGUGGUUUUCAUGAGACUGUCCUACCAGAACCCAAAGCCGCCUAGCAAGGCCAACCAGGAGAGAGUUCCACUAAAGAUCUCACUCUGACACACACACCCGCACACACACACACAGACAGACACUCACACACACACACAUGCUGUUACACAAAACACACACCAUCAAAUACCUUCGCUGGGUAAGCUUAUGAGCAUAAAGUUGUCUGAAAGAUUUCACUCCAGUCUCAGCUCAUCACACACACACACACACACACACACACACACACACUGAACACCAUGUGAGAUGUCUUUUUACUCUGUUAUUUCUAUUUACGGCUCCUUUUCGGUUUGUUUCUAGUAUACGUGUAUGGGAUUUAAUAUGGUUAUAGUGCUUCGAGUGUAUAUUAUUAUCAUCACACACACACACACACACACACAUAUGGGUGUGGAUUUAAUAUGGUUAUAGUGCUUAGAGUGUAUAUUAUGAGAAUGUAGCAUACACCUUUUGUUAAGCUUUAGCCCUUUGUGUAGCCCAGACUUUUUUUCUAAUCUAAUUCUAAUUUAUUUCUUGUAUUCUGUUGUACCCGUAAACUGCUGAAGCUAUAUUGUAACAGAAUCAAUAUCAUAUUUUAAUUGUAAUAUUGUUAAUAAUACAGUAUAACAACUGAUGAUUCAUUUUGUUGUUUGGCUGCCACAUCACAAGUCUAAUUAUAUUUCCUCUGCAAUAAAUCUGAAGUGAAUCUCCA